UACUGAACCCUUUUAUUUGCACAGGAUCCAGUCUCCCAGCUGUGCCAUGGAGAACUCAGAGAGCACGGAGGAGGAGCAGCCCAUUGUCAGCAAUGAGAAUGCAGAGGCCAGCACCGAGAGCACGGCUGAGGAGCAGCACAUGGACUUCAGCACCGAGAUCAUGAGUGUCACCGAGAUGGAGCAGUCCCCAGACAGCUCCCCRGACCUCAACGAGGACAACACGCAGGAGAGCGAAAUUCCAAACAUUGAGAGUUUACAGACCACAGAUAUCGAGGCUGGCUUCCCUCCGGAUUUUGACAAGUUCUGGAAAGUAGUAGAGGACAAUCCRCAGGAUUUCACAGGAUGGGUUUAUCUACUGCAGUAUGUAGAGCAGGAGAACCACUUGCCAGCAGCCAGGAAAGCCUUUGACAGGUUUUUCACCCACUACCCCUACUGCUAUGGGUACUGGAAGAAGUACGCGGACCUGGAGAAGCGCCACGACAACAUCAAGCAGUCAGACGAGGUCUAUCGCCGAGGGCUUCAGGCAAUUCCUCUUAGUGUUGAUCUUUGGAUACAUUAUAUAAACUUCCUAAAGGAGACCUUGGACCCUGCUGAUCCCGAAACUAACAGUACCAUCCGGGGAGCCUAUGAACAUGCAGURCUGGCUGCUGGGACAGAUUUCCGUUCAGACAGACUCUGGGAAAUGUAUAUAAACUGGGAAAAUGACCAGGGAAACCUAAGGGAAGUUACAUCCAUCUAUGACCGAAUCCUGGGAAUCCCAACGCAGCUCUACAGCCAUCACUUCCAGAGGUUUAAAGAACACAUCCAGAACAACCUACCCCGAGACUUCCUGACCACAGAGCAGUUUGUGCAGCUGCGCCAGGAACUGGCGGCUGCCAGCGGAAGCAGUUACAAAAAAGUUACCAUAUUUGCCUGUAUUACAUGCUCUAACAUUCUGUUCUAGCUAAUCACUGAGAUAGAGAACAUGAGGCACAGAAUCAUUGAGAUCCACCAGGAGAUAUUUAACCACAACGAACAUGAAGUCAGUAAGAGGUGGACGUUUGAGGAAGCGAUCAAGAGGCCUUACUUUCAUGUAAAACCUCUGGAGAAAAUUCAGCUGAAAAACUGGAAAGAGUACUUAGAGUUUGAGAUAGAGAAUGGCACUCACGAGCGAGUUGUGGUCCUCUUUGAGAGAUGUGUCAUUUCAUGUGCCCUCUAUGAGGACUUCUGGAUCAAGUAUGCCAAAUACAUGGAGAACCACAGCAUCGAGGGCGUGAGGCACGUGUACAGCAGGGCCUGCACCAUCCACCUGCCCAAGAAGCCCAUGGUGCACAUGCUGUGGGCAGCCUUCGAGGAGCAGCAGGGCAACAUUGAUGAAGCCAGAAGGAUCCUGAAGACAUUUGAGGAGUGCAUCCUGGGGCUGGCCAUGAUCCGCCUGCGCAGGGUGAGCCUGGAGCGCCGGCACGGCAACAUGGAGGAGGCAGAGCAGCUGCUGGAAGAUGCUGUCAGGAAUGCCAAAUCCAUCAGUGAAGCCUCCUUCUAUGCCAUCAAACUCGCCAGGCACCUCUUCAAAGUGCAGAAAAACCUGCCAAAGGCAAGAAAAGUGCUGUCAGAAGCCAUAGAACUGGACAAAGAAAACACCAAACUGUACCUGAACCUGCUGGAGAUGGAGUACAGUGGUGACCUCAAGCAGAACGAGGACAACAUCCUGAGCUGCUUUGACAAGGCUGUCCAUGGGGCYUUGUCCAUUAAAAUGAGGAUCACCUUCUCACAGAGAAAAGUGGAAUUCCUGGAAGAUUUUGGGUCUGAUGUGAACAAGCUCCUGGAUGCCUACGAUGAACACCAGGCACUGCUGAAGGAGCAGGAGACGCUGAAGCGGCGGGCGGAGAACGGCUCCGAGGAGCCGGAUGAGAAGAAGCUGCUGACAGAGGACCCAAGCCUGGCAUCAGCACAGCUCAUG